UCAUCUCUAAACAAAAGUCACCAUCGAUUUGGUAAUUCUAAAACGCAACACUGGGAGUUUUUAACAACAUAUAUAUAUAUUUUCUCCAAGAGAUUAUCAUUUCUUCUUCUUUGGUUCUUCUUCUGCAUAGUUCUUGAUUAGUGCUUCCACGUCUUGUGGUUACAGGGUAAUGGGCCAAGUAUAUCCACAAGGCCCAUAAACAUGCCAAUCGUGUCUGUGGCGUAUUAAUUAAAUGUAUUGGAAGCAAAAAACUAAAUCCCUAAACCUGUGUGAGAUAAUCGCUCGCGACCGAGAAUCCCUAAAAAUUUUGAGUCGAUGGCGUUGGCGGAACUGAGAGGUCGGCUAGGCCGGUCAUUUGAAGAGAUGAUGGGUGAAACAAGAAAGAUGGCAAUGAGAAGUCGGCUAGGAGGCCGGUCAUCUGAAGAGAUGCGUGAAACAAGCAAGAUGGAUGAGAUGAUGAUGCUUGAAGGAGAUCACAUGCGCUCUGCUUGACGCAAAUUUUCCUAGAUCGGCCGUGACUGUGAUGGAGAGAAAAUGCCAGGACAUUAUCAAUCUCCCUGCCGCGUCGUCCAACAAAGGCAAACAAAUCUACGAGAUUAUCUUAACUGAGCUCGUUAGUAAGCUUGAUCCGGGAAAGCCUGCACUCUUUCGGGGAAAGCGUGAAUCUAGCAUAGUCAUGUUCAUCGGAUUACGAGGUGUUGGAAAGACCAAAACGUGUGCCAAGUAUGCUCGUUACCACCGGAAGAAGGGAUUCAGGCCAGCUUUGGUCUGUGCUGAUACUUUCAGCACCAAUGCUUUUCUCCGGCUCAACAAGGCUGCCAAAGAUGAGGUUCCAGUUUACGGAAGUUGGUUUAUUUUUUGUAGUUACACGGCAGAUCCUGCAGAACUUGCCGCUGAAGGAAUUGCAAAGUUCAAGAACGACAAGCGUGACCUUAUAAUUGUAGACACCAGUGACCGCCAUCAACAAUAUUCUACAUUGUUUGAAGAAAUGCGCCUAUUAUCCCAAUCAAUGAAUCCAGAUCUUGUUAUAUAUGUCAUGGAUAGCAGUAUUGGUCAAGCUGCAUUUGACCAAGCUCAAGCAUUCAAACAAAGUUUCACUCUUGGAGUUAUCAUUGUUACUAAUAUACACGGCAACUCUCAAGCAUGUGGUGCUAUCAGCGCUGUUGCAGCAGCAAAGUGUCCCAUGAUAUUAACUGAAACGGGAGACAAGAGUGAGGAGUUUGAAGCAUUUGAAGCUGAACCUUUUGUCAGGCGUCUCUUGGAAAACCCUUGGGAUAAACCCCUGGAAUAUACUUUGAGAAUAAUGUAUAACCAUUAUAGGCGAGAAUCAGGAUUGGAUAGACAGUUGUUUUUCCAUACAAGACACUAUUCGAAGCUAGACCUCGAGAAGUUUAGGCGGUACACGAUAAUAAUGGAUUCCAUGACAGAUGAAGAGCUUGAUAAACCAAACAAGGUAAAGCAAAUGAGCUUGGAACGGUUGAUGGAGAUAGCUGAAGCAUCAAAAGUAGAUGCGAGACAAGUUCUGCAAAUGUUAAAAACGUAUAAGAUGAAGACCAAGAGCUUUAUGGACCUUGAGAUGAAGAUUCGCAAUGAAUCUGCUAGACCGCGGUACGCGGUCCUGACAUCUUAGGUGGUCAUUUCGACGACCAAGUGAACAAAUUAUGCAUUAUGUGCUUUUCGAUAUUUAUGUAAAAUAAACAAGUAUGUAUGGCGGUAAUUUGGGUUGUAUCGGGUAUGAUCGGAAGACCAGAAAAGAAGUUCUACGUCUAGUUUUUUUUUUUUUAACUCAA